CUCUCUCUCUCUCUCUCUCCGCCUAAUAGGCUAAUAGUCCACAAGGAACACAGCUUCUGUCCAUUUCUAUACUUUUUUCUCUCAAUCACCGCUUUCCCCUUUCUUCCUCUUUCUCUAUACAAGUUUAUUCCGCUACCUGCAGCUCAAUCCUUCCACAAUGCUUAUUCACUUUCUUUCUUAAUUUCUUUCUAUAUUUGUUUUUAAUUUGUUCUUUCACUGCAAAAACAAGGCUGCCUCUCAAGUUCCUGAUCCUUCAAGAUUCUGAUAACAUUACCCAUUGGACAACUGAUUCCUAUAUGAUGCUUGAAUAAUGGGUUCUGAGCAGUGGUUUGGUUUAAUCUAAUGUAGUUUUGAAACUUCUGUGUCAAAUGAUGGCAUCAAAAACUGGUAAAUCUUCAACAGAACAACAGAAACCAUCUGGGUUUCAAAGAGUGGAAGCAAAUACUCUUCGGUCUUUGCCUUCAAAGGUUUCAAAGACAAGCAAAUCUGAGGUUAUUGAUCAUGAGCAAGUGCCAAGGUCAGUAGAAAACACACCAAAAGAAGUUAUGCUAGAAGCUUCUGAAAAUAAAAUGGCAAAUUCUAAUAAAAAAGGGACUGCUGAUUCAUUGAUUAAUACGUUGGAGUCAAGUCUUUCCUUAACUACUCCUGUACAAGCAUCCACUGAAGCAGAUUCUUACAUUAAUGAGACAAGAGGCUCACAGGAUGUUUCUGUUAAUCAAGAGAAGAAAACAUCAGAGUAUGGAAGUGUUAAAAACAGUUCUGUAUCUGCCAAAGUUAGUGAUGGAACCAGCAGUCUUGUUAAGACUAGUGGAAGUGCCAAGAACAGUGAUCGUGUUGAUUAUGUGGAGAGCGGCAAGAGCAGCAUGUGUAGAGGGAGCACAAGCAGUGAUGUAAGUGAUGAGAGCACAUGUAGCAGCUUUAGCAGCAGUAUCAGCAAACCGCAUAAAGCAAAUGACUUGAGAUGGGAAGCCAUCCAAGCUGUUAGAGCAAAAGAUGGAGUUUUGGGUUUGAGUCAUUUUAGACUGCUCAAGAGGUUAGGUUGUGGGGAUAUUGGGAGUGUCUAUCUGUCAGAGUUGAGUGGAACAAAGUGUUAUUUUGCAAUGAAGGUUAUGGAUAAAGGCUCUCUAGCCAGUCGUAAAAAGCUACUUAGGGCUCAGACAGAAAGGGAAAUAUUGCAAUCUUUGGACCAUCCCUUCCUUCCAACACUGUACACCCACUUUGAGACAGAAAAAUUCUCAUGUUUGGUAAUGGAGUUCUGCCCUGGAGGAGACUUGCACACUCUUAGGCAGAGGCAGCCAGGGAAGCAUUUUCUUGAGCAGGCAGUGAAAUUUUACGUGGCGGAGGUCUUGCUAGCUCUGGAAUACCUUCAUAUGCUGGGGAUUAUUUAUCGCGAUCUUAAGCCAGAAAAUGUCCUUGUGAGGGAAGAUGGGCAUAUAAUGCUAUCAGACUUUGACCUUUCUCUCCGGUGUGCUGUGAGCCCCACUCUUGUCAAAACCUCAUCUCUUGAGUCUGAGCCAUUGCGAAAGAACCCAGUUUAUUGUGUUCAGCCUUCUUGUAUUGAGCCUUCCUGCAUCCAGCCAUCUUGUGUGGCUCCUACAACGUGCUUUUCACCUCGCCUUUUUUCUAGCAAGUCUAAGAAGGAGAGAAAACCCAAAGGUGAACUUGGAAAUCAAGUGAGUCCAUUGCCUGAGUUAAUAGCUGAGCCAACUGAUGCUAGAUCUAUGUCAUUUGUUGGGACCCAUGAGUAUUUGGCACCUGAAAUUAUAAAGGGUGAAGGUCAUGGAAGUGCUGUGGAUUGGUGGACUUUUGGGAUCUUUCUAUAUGAGCUCUUGUUUGGUAAAACUCCUUUUAAGGGUUCUGGGAAUCGGGCCACAUUAUUCAAUGUUGUUGGCCAGCCUCUUCGAUUUCCAGAAUCACCAGUUGUCAGUUUUGCAGCGAAGGAUCUUAUAAGGGGUUUGCUUGUUAAAGAACCACAGCAUAGAUUGGCUUACAAGAGAGGGGCAACAGAAAUAAAGCAACACCCGUUCUUUGAAGGUGUGAAUUGGGCAUUGAUACGCUGCGCUACCCCUCCUGAGAUUCCAAAGCCAGUUGAGAUUGAACAGAUACCUGCGCCACCAUCAACAAGUGAAAAAGCUGUUGGCCCUGCAGCUGCUCCUGAUAAAAAAGGUUCUGACAAUUAUCUGGAGUUCGAUUUCUUUUAGAUGUUAUUGCUUACAAUUUGCAAGUUGUUUUCAUUUAUGGGGGACGAAUUGUCUGAACCUCUCAGGGGUUGGUGAUGAGUAUGAAGUUUUUAUUUUCUUUUCUUUUCUUUUCCCUCCAUUUCUUUGAUAUAUUGACAGAUGAUAAGGAAAUGUAUGCUUGCUGUUGCCUGUUAACUUUAAAAAUAUGUAUUCCAUAAGAAUUGCAGUGGCAGUCAUGGAAGGGUUUGGAGGUUGGAACUUUUGCCAUUGUCUAGCAACUGUUAGGGGCUGCCUCUGCUUGUAAACCAGAAACAUGGGUAGUGUAGCAAAUAGGUAACUGGCAAAUUCACAGGAAGAUGAAUUGGUUCCUGAAUAUGAUACAGGAGAAAUUUAGGCAAAAGCUAAUAUGAAUGGAUGUCUGCCUCUUUAUUGUGAUAA